CUUCGUUUGAUGAAGAGUUGUUCGUGACACAGGGAACUUAACUUCAUUUUAAGACUACAUUUGACAUUAUAACCAUGACAGAUUACGACGACGAGAAAAGCAAAGCCAAACGUUUUCUUGCCGAGUUUUACAUUGAUGGAGAUGAAGGAAAAGUCUUCAAAUAUGGAGAACAAUUAGUUAAAAUUGCUCAUCGUGAACAAGUUGAGCUUCAGAUUGAACUAGAUGACAUUGCUGAGAUUGAUCAAGAUCUUGCAGAUAAAGUGAAGGAGAAUGCCCGUAGAUACAAGAAAAUAUUUGAAGAUGCUGUUUAUGAAAUGCUGCCUGACUACAAAGAACAUGAUAACCAAGUGAAGGAUGCUCUUGAUAUUUACAUCGAGCAUAGAUUACUCUUAGAACAGAGAAACAGACAAAACCAGCAAAACCCAGUUGACAUCAGAAGCAAAUAUCCAGCAGAACUUCUCAGAAGAUUUGAAGUGUACUUUAAGCAUUUGAGUUUACAAAAACCUGAAUCAGUGCGAAGAAUUAAGGCUGAUUCCAUAGGUAAACUGACUGUUGUUAGAGGAAUAGUCACUCGUUGUACAGAAGUCAAACCUGUUGUGGAAGUUGCAACGUACACUUGUGACCAGUGUGGUGCUGAAUCAUAUCAACCUAUCACAUCCCAGACAUUCAUGCCUAUGUUGAUGUGCCCGAGUGAAGAAUGCAAAGUUAACAAGGCUGGUGGUCGUCUUUACCUUCAAACAAGAGGCUCUAAGUUUGUYAAGUUUCAAGAACUCAAAGUCCAGGAACACAGUGACCAAGUGCCAGUUGGUCAUAUCCCAAGAACCAUGACAAUUAUAGCAAAAGGAGAAAAUACAAGAAAAGCUGUGCCUGGGGACCAUGUGUGUGUGACUGGCAUAUUUCUACCAAUGUUGAUGACUGGAUUCAGACAAAUGACACAAGGCCUAUUAUCAGACACCUUCCUUGAAGCUCACAGAAUAGUUUUGAUGAACAAGACUGAAGAUGAUGAACUUGGCACAGAGGAACUUUCUGAUGAAGAAAUUAAAUCUCUGUCAGAAGUGCCUGACUUCUACAACAAGCUUGCAUCAUCAUUAGCACCUGAGAUUUAUGGUCAUGAAGACAUCAAGAAAGCAUUGUUAUUACUUCUGGUUGGAGGAGUAGACUGCACUCCACAUGGAAUGAAAAUUAGAGGAAGUAUUAAUAUUCUUUUAAUGGGAGAUCCUGGCGUUGCUAAAAGUCAAAUGCUGUCAUAUAUAGACCGACUUGCACCCAGAAGUCAGUAUACCACAGGACGUGGUAGYUCUGGUGUUGGUUUAACUGCAGCAGUCAUGAAGGAUCCUCUGACUGGAGAAAUGAUUCUUGAGGGUGGUGCUCUUGUUCUUGCUGAUAAGGGGAUUUGCUGCAUUGAUGAGUUUGACAAAAUGAUGGAUGCUGAYAGGACAGCAAUUCAUGAAGUUAUGGAACAACAGACAGUUUCUAUAGCCAAGGCUGGCAUCAUGACUACACUKAAUGCUCGUGUCUCAAUUCUUGCUGCUGCAAAUCCAGCAUAUGGUCGUUAUAACCCAAAAAAAUCUGCUGAACAAAAUAUUCAACUACCAGCAGCUCUUCUGUCUAGAUUUGAUGUCCUAUGGCUUAUACAAGAUAAACCUGACAAGGACAAUGACUUACGACUUGCUCAGCACAUAACAUAUGUYCAUCAAAACUCUUGCCAUCCACCAACAGAGUUUGAACCCCUCGAUAUGAACUUAAUGAGGCGAUAUGUAGCUGCUUGUAAAGAAAAGAUGCCUGUAAUACCAGAAAGUUUAACUGACUACAUUGUCAGUGCAUAUGUGGAGAUGAGAAAAGAUGCCAGAACCAGUCAUGAUACAACAUUUACCUCUGCAAGAACUCUGCUUGCUGUACUACGACUUUCAACAGCCUUGGCAAGAUUACGUCUGGCUGAUAUUGUUGAAAGAGAAGAUGUCAAUGAAGCCAUGAGGCUUAUAGAAAUGUCAAAGGCAUCACUGAAUGAUGAGGAAGGAACUAGAAGAGUUGUAAAUCCUGUUGAUGCMAUUUAUGGAAUAAUAAAAGAAAUAGCUGGGGAUGCCAACAGUGUCAAAAUGCAAGAAGCUAAACAAAGGUGCCUUUCAAAAGGCUUCACUCCUGAUCAGUUUAACAGUUGUCUCAGUGAAUAUGAAGACCUCAACGUAUGGCAGAUCAACCAGAGCAAGACAAGGAUAACCUUUGUGAGAUGAAURAAAUAUUUUCUGUUACAGCUCCCCCUUGUAAAAUAUGGAGUACUGGUCACUAUUAAUUUAAUCUUCAAUACCCCAAAGUGUACUGCCAGAAAGCCAAUGUAUUUUUAUAAUGAUUUUACURUGUGUAUGAGAAAGUUCUGUAUUAUAAUUUAAUGCAUUUAUAUUGAAAUCGUACUCGAGAAACAUCUUUGUAGACCAUUGUGAAUUUUUCAAUAAAAUUGUUCUUUCUUUGCAAA